CCACCAUAACAACAGCUGACUGGGGUCGCGAGAACCACAAUCGUCGCGAUGGAGCGCAGCGUGCUGGAUUUAUUUUUUACUUUUUCCCCGAGCGCUCGCGUUUAUCGCAGGAAAUGAGAGGUCGACGAGCAACUCCCGACUCGCGUGCGAUAACAACUCGGUAAUUUAUUCACCUGCGAGACUCGAACCACCAUGGAGGGCUACGUGGAAAACUUGGUCGCGGACAAUACCGCCCUGAAGAGGAAGCUGCAGAGCAAGACGGAGGCGCUGUUCAUUCUGACCAAGGAACUGGACGACAGCCGAAAGCAAAGGGACCAGUUCAAGUUGAUGGCCGAGCAGCUCCAGCAGAGGUAUUCGGCCCUCAAGAAGAAGCCGUAUUCGCAUCUGGGACAGGCAAUGCUCUUACUUCCAACUGGCGAUGCUCACGAAGAGAAAAACAAGAGUCUAAAAUUAGAAAAUGAAGAAUUAAAGCAAAAAUUGAGAGAUGCAUACGGAGACAUGAAGGCCCUUCGCACCCAAAUUGGCAUCUUGAAAAGUUCACCUGCGAGUAACACGGAGAGUGGCGUCUUUCCAGCCCAUCAAAAAGAAGAGAUGGUUCAGCAGUUGGAAGCUUUGCAUAUCAAGAGUGUUCAGUUACGACAAGAUCUUCAAUCAAUGUUGGACGAAAAGGAGGAGUUAAUUGUUCAACGAGACACACUUCGGAGCAAAGUUCAUAGAUUGAACUUUGAACUAAAACAAGUGUUGUUGAGAAAAGACUCGAGCAGCAGCUCCAAGGACAUCAUCGACAUCGAUGCUCUGGUUGCAGAGAAUUCAUAUUUGCACGAUCGUCUGCAGCAAAUGGAGCAAGAGAAACAAAUGGCUGAACACAAUUUAAAUAAAUAUAAGAGUGUUAUUGAGAAGUCGAGAAAUAAGGGGGCCAUAAAAUUAGGGAGCAGUGGAAAUGGAGGCCUGGUUGUUUCCCAGAAACAAGUCGAGCAACUCUUUCUCCAAAACGGUGAUCUUCCCCGAACCCCAGCAGCGCAGUCUGAUCUUCAUAGUUUGUACCUAGCUUUGCUCGAGGCCUUAAAUGACAAGAAUGUAGCGUUAGCUCACCAGAAGAAAACUAACAGAAUAUUGGGUAAGCGGAUAGCCGAACUAGAGCGCCGACUUGAGGCGUUUGGUGAUGAUGCCUAUCCGUCCAAGGUUCUGCUCAACGGGUAUUCAGUUGUGGACAUUGACAAAGAGGUCGACCAGAUUUUGGCCCAAGCUGAAGAGAAAAAUGACACUGUUCCUGAUAGUUCCACAAGUGACGUCAGUGAAACUAGUGAAGCGCCGAAAAUUGCAGAAGUUGAUGGUGACGACACAUUGCCUCCCAAUCUGCAGCAGAUGGUCUUGCAAGCCCUUAACGAUAUCAGAAGAGAGACAUCUGAAACUUAGAUCUACAAAACUUUAAUUACCAUGAGUGUUGUUUAGUCAUAAACACCGUUAUGAUAAAGUGUUGCAAAGGAUUAUUGGAAAGAUUUAACAAGAGAAUACUUGAGUCAAAACAUCUGGUCACUAUAGAGUGCAUUUAAAUUAUAUAUAAUAAGCAUACAAUGUUAUCUCAUUAUGCAUUAUUUGCAUACCGAUAUAUGUUAAUGAAACAAAAUGCUGUGCAACACGUGUUGAAGAGUAAUUCCAAAGUAAUUUUUAAUUAUUACCUACAAGCAUACCAAAGAUGAGAAGAAGUAAUCUACUAAAUCAUGUUUUAAGUUUUAGCCUAUUUGCUAUUUUUUUCUCGCCCAUUUUAAAUUUUUAUAAUAAAUAAAGAAUCCUUUAUUUGAAGCAAAGAUUAUUUGUA